UCGGUUUCGUGCUGUAGGUGCAAACAUACGAUAUAAAUGCUUAAGUUGUGGCGAAUCUGAAGUUUUUUUAUACUGGGUAAUCUCAAAAAUAAAACAUUUAUGAAAAAGUAGAUAUUUUGAGAACAAAAACCAACAAACUUUAAAGAUCUAGUAUAAGAAUAUAAUUGCACUGAAUAAGUUUAGUUGAAAACAAAGCAAAAAUGAACACGGCUCGAGGUGCCUUGCUGUGCUUAUUUUUAUUUUUCAUUUACGGGCAGCAGCAAGUAAAAUCAGUAGAAUAUCAUUUGGCAGAUGCUAUUGAUGAUCUAAAUUUUUUUAUUCCUGGUUCGAAAGCAAUAUUAACGACAGCUGUUAAAAUAUGGACGGUCUAUGGGGAAGUGAAACAACUUAUUGAUCCAAACUCUACUGCUUUAAUUGAGCAACAUCUACAAAACAUUACUGAAGCUUUGGAAGAAAUUUCAGCUCAACUGGACCAAAUGUCCGACAAAUUAGACAAUAUUUCUGACGAUGUUCAUGAAAUACAUGAUUUAAUUACUGAUGAAGUUUUAAAUAAUCUGCCAAAGGAGUUGAAUCUAGAUACUAAAUUAAGUCAAAUUUAUGCAAAAAUCCAUGACAUCAAUCAAUUGUUUACGAAAUUCCUUCGAUAUAACAAUAAUAUAAAAAGUUAUGAAAAUCAUACGUUGCUAAACUUUGCAAAUAGAGUUACAGAUCAAAGUCUUAAAGAAAUGCCUUCCGCACUAAGUCAAAUACAUCACCUAUUGACAGAAAGGCAUUCCAAUGCCAAUAUGUUAACUUUAAUGGCUAAUAAAAGACUCGCUAAAUCAAAUAUGUGUAAACGACAUGAGUCGGCACAACAAUUUAUAAAUAACUUGUACAAUAAUGUCAUAAUUACUGAAACAAAAGCUCUUUUGAUGACUCAAUUUGCAUAUUCAUUAAAAAAUGCAUUUAAUUUAAAUUCCACAAGCUUUGUAACGGAACUCGAUGAUGCAAAUAAAGAAUUCUGCAAUAGAACUUCAAACAGCUUUGCGGCAAUAAAAGAUGCUAUGCUGGCAGCUCCUCGUGAUUACUGGAGCUGUGAUCCGGAUGAUCAUGUAGAAGGUCUUACCUAUGCCAAAUUGGAUCCAGUUUUUCAGGCGUAUGUGACAAGUGAAAAAGAUGUAGGUAUCUCUAAAUAUUUUGAACCAUUCACGAACAAGUGUGCCGAUUCCUGCUCGGAUCGAAGUGAUUUUCACGAUAUAUGCAGAUCCGCAUAUUGUUUCAAACAUAAUCAGAAAAGAUGUUAUGGAAAAUUACAUAACUGUAAAUCUUCUGGCAAAAGUCUGCGCAUGUGCUUAUCAGACAAAAAUAGUACUAGACGAUUUGAGUUCAUAGAAUUAACGGGUAAGAAAACAGAAUUUUUAGGAUCCAAGAAAUCUUGUGGUUCAAACACACAAGUGAAGGUGUCUCAAACGACACUUUUUCUUGAAACAUGCGAAUACUGCUUCUGUAUCUGUGAUGAUACGAAUAACGAAAUGGAUCGUUACUUCAGUUUAAGAAAUGUGAACUCAGACGUGGACAAGAAUAUGGUUGUCACAGGUGUAAGGUUUGCAAAAGAAAAUCACAUUUUCCACAUUCAAAUUCAACAAGGAAAACUCGUGGAGAAUGGAAAUAUCAAGGCAAGCACAGUAGAGUGGAAGCCUGUUGAGAACUUCACAAUCCAUGAUGAUUCUGUUGUGCUCAACCGUGAUUAUCACAAUAUUACAUGGGCUAACAGAUUAGUUUAUCUGGACACUUUCGACUCGCCUUUACAUCAUGUUCUCACAGGACUCAGAUUUCAAUUGCAGAAUGGCGAUCUGAAAUUGGAAAUUCAAGUAACACCUUUCAACUUUUACACUGCUGAACUUAAAACUAAUGAAUCGACCUGGAUGUCCAAUUCAAUUGGUGCUUAUGGAAGGGGCGAACUGGACCUUGAAAAUUUAGAUUUAGGAACAAACGGUCAUUCAAAUCUUCUUGACUCGAGUGAAAACCAAUACAUCAAGUUUACCACGAGUUCGAUGAAAACAGAUGUAGGACAAACAGUAGUUCCAUUCAUGGAUCUCCAAGAUGUUACAUCUUCCCCUCCAGUGCCGCUUUCUGGAGCAGGUCUUGUUCACCGAGGUGAUAAAGCGUCUGCAGGGUUCUUAUCGUUCAAAGUACUAACGUACAACUACGCACCUUACCUAGAAACUGAUUGUAUUGUACCACAAUAGAAAUAAGGUACAAAAGAGAUAGAAAAUACUUCGACAUAAAAAUGGGAAUUUAUAAUCUUUUACUUAGAUAAUAAAUGCUUUAUAAUACUGAAAAAUAAAA